AUUGUCAUCUAACAUAUAUUUAUUCCUACAAACCCUACAGAGCAUUUUAUAAUCUGGCAAUCGAAUAUAUAAUAUCACCUUCCUUCUCCAUCAUGCUAUGCUAACAUCUUAUUAGCUCCUCCAUCUAGCAACCUGAACAAAUUAAUUAUUUAUCGUCUUUCUUUCAUGAAGAACCUCCCAGUACUUCUGAUCAUCACCCCUUUCUACUUCCUUUUUUUCUUAAAUAAUUAUAUCACUGCAGUAAACUCUUCUACACCUUCAUAUAUCCCCGUCGAUAAUAUUGCCAUGGAUUGUGGGUCCUUGACCGACAACGAUUCGGAAGAUGGCCGAAAAUGGAUAAAAGAUGAACCCUCUAAGUUCGCUCAAACACAAGAUCAACAAGCUAAUAGUCCUACAAAAUCUAAUUAUGCUUCCACGGCCAUAUUGCAACCCAACUCCGGCCCAAAGGUCCCCUUCUCCACAGCUCGUAUAUUUCGCUCUCCAUUUACUUACAGCUUUCCAGUCACCCCGGGUCCAAAAUUUGUCCGUUUAUACUUCUACCCGGCUCAGUACCAGGAUUUUGAUGCCUCUAAAGCUUACUUUCACGUCAAAGCCGGUUCCUUCACCUUACUCAAAAACUUCAGUGCAAAUCUUGUUGCCAAAAAUUUGAACCAAGACUCUUUCAUGAGAGAGUUCUGCAUUAACGUCGCAGAGCCAGAUCAAAGAUUGAACUUAACUUUUGUUCCUUCAUCAUCUGAUAAUUAUUCAUAUGCUUUUGUCAAUGGAAUCGAAAUCGUUUCGAUGCCAACAGACCUCUACUACGGAGUGGAAAAAGGUAUGCAUCCGCCAAGCUUCGUCGCCCAGAAUAAUCAACCUUUUGAAAUCUCCGAUAACCUUGCACUCGAAACUAUUUGGCGAAUAAAUAUGGGAGGGAGAUCCAUAUCUGCAAAAGAUGACACUGGCAUGUAUAGAAAAUGGUCAGAUCAAGGUUACUCAAUCCUAGUGACUGAUAAUCAUAUCCCCUUUAAUCCUAGGAAUGUCACUAAGCCUAUCAAAUACUCUAAAAUAAAAAGCUACACUGCUCCUGAUGAGGUCUACCAGACUGCUCUUUCAAUGGGAAAUAACAUGACGUACAACAGUCACCACAAUUUUACUUGCAUAUUACCCGUGGACAGAGGAUUCAACUAUCUGGUCAGGCUUCAUUUUUGUGAGUUUGAGGACUUGAUAACCAGAGUCAACGAUAGGUCAUUCGGUAUCUAUAUAGGCAAUCAGAUGGCUCAGCCAUUUUUUGAUGUUAUUGACUUUAGCGGAGGUAAUGGAAUUCCGAUUUACCAAGACUACGUGAUUGAUAUUCACAGCAAGGAUAAUCUUUCCAUUGAUCUACACCCAAAUGAAAAGUAUUCUCGAUAUCCUGAUACCAUCUUGAACGGAGUUGAAGUAUUCAAAAUCAGCAAAAAUUGGAAUCUUGCCGGACCAAACCCUGAACCAGAACACGCUACGCCAUUUUCAAAUGCUACAGAAAAGUUGAAGAAGAAGAAGAAAACGACCUUAUUCAUUGGACUUGGGAGUGCCACGGCCCUUCUCGUAAUCAUACUCUGCGUAGUAAGUUUAGUAGUUUUGUGGAGAGCAAAGAAGAAAAAAUUCUACUACAAUUCCUACAAAGGAAAAUCCAAUAGAUUAUCAAAAGCUUCAUCGCUGCCCGAAGAAAUUUGUCGUCGUUUCUCGCUCUCCGAUAUCAAAACGGCGACCAACGACUUUGACGACGAGUUGGUGAUUGGAAGGGGAGGCUUUGGCAAUGUUUUCCGAGGGGUUAUCGACGAUGGGUCAACGGUUGCGGUGAAGCGGUUGAAUCCUGGUUCAAGUCAAGGUGCACGCGAGUUCGUCACCGAGAUUGAGAUGCUGUCUCAGCUUCGCUACGUCCAUUUGGUCUCUUUGAUUGGCUACUGCGACGACAACGGUGAAAUGAUCUUGGUCUAUGAAUACGUGGCAAAUGGGACUCUCCGGGAUCAUAUUUACGGGUCGGACAAUGACCCGCUUCCAUGGAGGCAGAGGCUAGAGAUAUGUGUAGGAGCGGCGCGUGGGCUACACUACCUUCAUGCAGGCGUGAAAAACACGAUUAUUCACCGUGAUGUUAAGACCACGAAUAUUCUGUUGGAUGAUAACUGGGUCGCUAAGGUUUCAGAUUUCGGCUUAUCCAGAAUUGGUGUCAGUGAUACUGCGGUGAAUACUUUGGUCAAAGGAACAUUUGGGUAUUUGGAUCCAGAAUAUGCCCGGAAUCAACAGUUGACGGAAAAGUCCGACGUGUACUCUUUCGGAGUAGUACUGUUUGAAGUCUUAUGUGCGCGAAAACCAGUUGAUGCGAAGUUGGACCAUGACCAACGCAACUUAGCGUAUUGGGCACAGAAGUGUAUAAGCGAAGGGACAAUUCAAAACAUAAUCGACCCGUUUCUGAUGGGUAAGAUUGCCCCAGAAUGUUUCAAGAAGUUUGUCGAGGUAGCACAGAGUUGCGUGCGUGAACAGAGGAUCCAACGGCCCACGAUGCAUGAUGUGAUGGAAAAGUUGGAGUUUACGUUGAUGCUGCAAGAGCAAGCAGACAAUGCGAAGGAGGAGAUAAAUCCCGAUGGUGUAUAUUCGUAUCCAGAGGUGUCAUUCUGUGAGUCCGAUCGAAAUAUUCCCAGUUACGAUACAUCAGGUUUGCAAAGCAGGACCCAUUUAAACUCAUUGGAUUCAGACACUUCUGGACUUAGCUUUCUUUCUAUGGAAAGUGAAAGUAAUACAGCAAAUAUGUCCAAGUCCGCUACUUCUCGAUCCACUACUCUAUAGAUAUCUAAGAUAGAUUUUAGUAGUGUUUGAAUAAUGUAUAAUGUUGUACGGGUAUGAGAGUAUUUCACAAGUUAUAAUAUAUAUGAUGUUAUCAUUAUCAUGUAGUUUUCUUUUUUCUUUGAUUAUUUAUGUAAAAUAAUAAUACGUCAAUAUAGACGUUGAAAAUCUAAGAUAAAUUUAGUCUA